AUGAACGGCAGCGAUGUCCCGGUCUCACCGCCGAACGGCACGGUUGACCAGAACCUCUACACCACCUGGUACUCUCUCCUCUUCUCUCCGAGCACGAUGAACGGCAGUGGUGUCCCGGUCUCACCGCCAAACGGGACGGCUGACGGGAACCCCUACACCAUCUCCACCGCAGAGAAAGCCGUGGAGAUCUCCCUCCUGGUGAUAGUCCUGUUCUUCGCGUUCUGUGGGAACUUGCUGGUGUGGGUGAGCGUCCUCUGGAAGCGCAACCUGCGCAGGGAGACGGCCAACUACCUGAUCCUGAGCCUCAGCGCGGCGGACAUGACGGUAGCCGCCUUCAACCUGCCGUUCACGGUGUCUGCCGUGGCGUUGGGCGGCUGGGUGCUCGGGGACGGGGCCUGCGCCUUCCUCGGCUUCUCCAACAUGAUCACGUUCGUCGCCUCCGUCAUGAACCUCGCCGCCAUCGGCGUCAACCGGUUCUGCAUCAUCGUCCACUACACCAAGUACCCCGACUACUUCGACCAGAGAGGCACGGCCAUGACAAUCACCGGCGUGUGGCUGUUGUCGAUCCUGCUGGCUGUACCUCCCCUGCUAGGCUGGGCGGAGUACGCCUACCUGCCCGGGCAGUCCAUCUGCUUCUGUAACUGGCCGUCCAGCGUGUCCUACACCUUCUUCAUGGUGGCGGUGUGCUUCGGCGGCCCGAGCUCCGUCAUGGCCUUCUGCUACACCCGGAUCAUCACGGCCGUCCGCGAGAGCCGGAGGAGAGUCCGGCAGGUAGACGAGGCGGCAUCCAGUCGAGCUCCGCCCAUUCGGUCAGCCUUCGUGCGACCCCAGGUCGAAAACUCAGAAAGCACAGAGGACAGAUUCAGAUCUAUAUCAUCAAUCAAGUCUCAAAAACACGAAGAGGCUAAGAAGAGAAAGGCUCGCGAAGACGACAUCAAACUGACCAAAUCGUUCGUGGUGGUGAUUUUGGUCUUCACGAUCUGUUGGUUGCCGUUCUGUGUGACGAUGUUCUGGUCGGUGUUCUCCCCCACCCCCGUCCCGCGGCUAGUGGACAUGGCGGCGCUGAUGCUAGGCUAUUCCAACAGCUGCUGGAACCCCAUCAUCUACGGGGUCAUGAACAGCAAGUUCCGGGCCGCGUUCAAGGAACUUUUGAGAAAACUCUUUCAAUGCAAUUGGAAGCGAUAG